CGCCCGCGCAGCACAGCGCUCGCGGCCGUGCGAAACUCCACAUGAGCCUGUUGCCAGUUAUUGAUCCUGGCGCGAUUAAACAACACCGCAUUGCCGUCAACUACGAAAACAAGUCUCGCCACGUCUCGGCCGCGCUCGGCGUUCCGCGUACGGCGUAAAAGCGUCGGGGCGCCGUGAGGAUCGGUGGACGAUCGUCUCCGCCGUGUCAACAAGAUUCUCUACCUGCAGUAAUCCGCAGUGGACUGCUGGUGCGCGACGCGAGAGAGACAGCGGGAUCCUCGUCCGCGACGACACGGCACGGCGCGGCGCGGUGCGACGCGGCGUGGCGCGCUUCACUGACACGUCCGCUGACACGUACUGUCAAAAUGUAGAGAGGCUCACUCGGCGACGGCGGUCGGCAGCAGCAGCAACAGCAGCAGCAGCAACAGCAGCAACAACAGCAGUGGGGUGUUUCAACGUCGAGAAUCGAUCACGCGAAGAAAGCAGCGAACAUGUCGUUGGAUUUCCGCGAAUGAGCCCGAGCCGAGAGAGGAGCGCGACAAGCCCGAUCUCUUUGAAUCCCCGGCCGUGAUUUCGUAGACGAACGGGAGCGGGACGGAGGGACGAACGACGACGACGGCGGCGGCGGCGGUGGUUGCACAUGUGAUCCCCCCCGAGUGGCCGACCCCAUUUGGCAGACGCGAUGAAGAAGUUCACGAUCAAGGGUGUUCUCGACGGGUUCCGGUCGUCGGUCCCGCAACCCGCCAAACCCGACCAGGAGAUCGUCGAGAAUCUCAGGCCGGAGCACUUUCAAGUUAAAAAGACAUUCAGACACGGCUUCCCGCAUCAGCCGACAGCGUUGGCAUUCGACCCAGUUCAAAGGCUUCUAGCUAUUGGCACUAAAUCAGGAUCUCUCAGGAUUUUGGGUAGACCGGGCGUGGAUGUACACGUUAAACACGAGGAAUGUGCGGCCGUGCUGCGAUUGCAGUUCCUGAUCAAUGAAGGAGCGUUGGUGUCCGCUACGGAGGACGACACCUUGCAUUUAUGGAACUUCCGUCAGAAGAUACCGCAGGUGGUACAUAGCCUCAAGUUUCAGAGAGACAGAAUCACUUGCAUUCAUUUGCCACUUCAAAGUAAAUGGUUGUACAUCGGGACCGAUCGAGGAAACAUUCAUAUACUGCACAUUGAAACGUUCGUUCUAUCUGGAUAUGUAAUUAAUUGGAACAAGGCUAUCGAAGUAUCUAGAAAGACUCACCCUGGUGCUGUAGUACACUUGAGUGAUAAUCCUUUAGAUUUGAGCAAGAUGCUCAUAGGAUAUUCGUCAGGGCAAAUCGUUUUAUGGGACUUAAAGACAAAGACUGCUGACUAUAGAUGUCAAACAGAUGAUGUAUUAACAUCGAUAACAUGGCACCAUGAAGGUAAACAAUUUAUGUGCAGUCACUCGGACGGCUCUCUUUCAACUUGGACUAUACGACAAUUAAAGCCAAGUAUAACUUUUCCACAUGCAAAAUUCACUAAAGACGGAGAACCUGAACGUUGCAAAGCCAUUCAGAAAGUGGAAUGGAAAUUAUCGAGAUCGGGAGAAGCAUAUGUGAUAUUCUCUGGUGGAUUGGCACAGGACACCACUGGGAGAACACCCAGCAUUACGGUGAUACAUGGAAAAACUACUACGGUGCUCGAAAUGGAACAUAAUGUUGUAGACUUUAUAACGCUGUGUGAUAGUCCAUGGGCUAGUGAUUUUCAAGAUCCUUAUGCUGUUGUUGUUUUACUACAAAAUGACCUGGUUGUGAUAGAUUUGUUAACUACUGGAUUCCCUUGUUUCGAGAAUCCAUACCCUAUGGAUAUUCAUGAGUCCCCUGUGACAUGUUGUGCAUAUUUCGCGGAUUGCCCUUCGGAUCUAGUACCCGCAUUUUAUUCCGUUGGAUCCAAAUCGCAGAAGAAGACCGGCUUUAGCGAGAAAGAAUGGCCUAUCUCCGGUGGCGAAUGGAGUUCCAGUUCUAGCAGUUAUAACGAGAUUAUUCUCACCGGGCAUGCCGAUGGCAGUAUAAAGUUUUGGGACGCUUCAGCGGGAACAUUACAAGUUCUUUACAAACUAAAGACGGCAAAACUUUUCGAAAAAACUAGAACGCGUAGUAUAGAUAAUGAGGAAGAUCCGUUAGCGAUUCAUCUUAUCUUCCUUUGUCCUGAAAGUCGGAAAUUAGCUAUUGCAGGAAGCGGCAAGCAUGUCGUGUUGUUCAAAUUUAAGAAGGUUGAAAGUAUGUCUGAAGUAGUGACUUUAGAAAUAUGCUUAUCAGUGGAUAGAGAGGCAGACAAUUCACCUGAUCGUGAAUCCCCGGCAACCGGAAACACCGUCGGAAACGUGGAAUCAAAGACUAUAGAAUUCAAUCAUCCGCUCAAAGUCAAGACGGGUUUGCAGAAAAGGCCAGCCGGUUUUCAAGCAACAUUAAUUUGUUUGACAACGGCACCCCCUGGAGAACUACCCGAAAAUAUAACGUCUCUCAGUUUAAAUUCUUCAUACGGCCUAUUGGCCUAUGGAAAUGAGUCGGGAUUAGUGAUAGUGGACAUCGUGCAGAAAAUCUCCUUAAUCGUACUGAACACCAGUGAUAUUGGAAGUGGGGAUCCUUAUCAACGCGUCUUACGAAGUCCUAAACGGCAGGACGAAUUAAAACGGGACAAUGAAGACAAGGCAAGAAGUCCAAGUACAGAUCAGAGUCAGCGAGAAUCCGCGAUGGAAUCCGAGCCAAUAGUUACAAGGAUAACGGAUUCAAUUCAACAAGCACAGCAACAGCAACAUAGUCCUCGCAAUGAGAGUCAGACUGGAAACAGUAGUGAUAAAUCGAGCGCGGAGGAAACUACGAACGAAUCCAAUAAAGCGGGUAACACUCCUAACGGCGACGAGUGUCAGAAAAGCCAAGGUUGGAAAGGAUUUAGUCUCAAGAGACAACUAAGCAAGGUCGAUAUGAAGAUCAAAAAUACAUUUACACCGUCCUCGGUGUCUUCUCAGAAUGGGGUACUUAGCUCAUCGUCGGGGCUCAUGCAAGUACCCCAAUGCCAGCAGAUAGGCAGCGAUACUAGCAGUCAAAAGUCUCCCACACUUUACUGCAAUGUCAACGAAGCAGCCAGCACGAGUCGUUCGCUAUCGCCGGUCGAAAGUAUUGACUCUGACUCCUCAUUGUCGCCUGAGAACCAGUCUCCGGGACAUGAGAGUCCCCAGACCGAUGACAGAAAACGAGAGAUUCAAGAGGCUAGAAGCCCAACAGAGAACGAGAAUGAAAAAACGAUAAUGAGCAAUGACAAUAUCGGCGCAAAAACCGAGGCGGUAAGACCGAUGAAUCUGUCUUUGCCCGAACACGAGCUAAAACCGCCGAGAUUGAGGUAUAUCGCCAAGAUCAAACAAGCAAAGAGAGAGGGCCGUUUGCUCUCAGUGCCAAAUCUGAAAUUUUCCAAGAACGAGACGACCGUUUGUGACCUAAGAUGCGAGGAGAGUGCUGCUACCUCUGAAUCAUUCACCGGCAAUCUUAUAAGAAGAUUCAGUCGGAUAGAUAAAUUCGACGGCUCCUUUCAACGAUCAAGGAGCUCGAGUAUGUCAUCCCUCGAAAACAUCACUACAGAAACCAUAAGCUGCCUUACAUUUGCGGAUUCUUAUACGAAAAAAAAUGAUCCAAAUGGCAUGCCGACGUUAUGGAUUGGCACGUCUCUGGGAUCUGUACAGACUGUUGUAUUCAAUACGCCUGCCCACAGCGAACGUCAUGCUCACCCAGUGGUUGUGUCUACCUGUAAUGGAUCUACUUUUAAACUCAAGGGUUGUAUCCAAUCGAUAUCGUUCUUAGAUUGUAACGGCGCUUUGAUCCCGUAUUCAUACGAGUCCUGGAAAGACGAGAGUACGGAUGGCAAAGAACGAAACAGGAGUCAAGGAAAAUGUACAAAUAGCAGAAUGUCACCGUCGACGAACCCGCAAGUCGGCGGGGACAACUUCGAGGACAGACAAUUUGUCGUGCUUGCGUCAGAGAAGCAAGCGAGAGUUGUGGCGUUACCCUCCCAAAACUGUAUAUAUAGGCAACAGCUGGCGGAGACUCAUAUCGUAAUUAAGACAGAAAUUACGUCACUCAAAGAUAACGUCUGCCUGGUAUGUUACGUUUCGAACGGUCACAUCACAACGUAUAGUCUGCCCAGCCUAAGACCGCUGAUAGACGUCGAUUUUCUACCUCUUAUAGAUUUGAGUUUUCAGACCACAAAACACGGCAUUGUAGACCCCAUGUUGACCAUAUGGGGUCAUCAACUCUUUGUUAAUGGCGAUACCGAUCAGAUCGCAAAGACGCUUUGCUUCAGCAAUCGAGGUCAUGGUUUAUAUCUCUCGUCACCGAUGGAAAUACAGAAGUUCUCCGUUUCGAGUGAAUUCUGCGGUGAAUUGACGGAGAUGAUGGGUGAUCUAUUUAUUGGCCACGAUAUGCCAGAACCGCCUAAAGAGAGUUUCUUCAAAGGUUUAUUCGGUGGUGGUUCGAGAAGCCUCGAUCGGGAAGAGUUGUUCGGCGAAUCUAGCGGCCGUGCGUCGCGCACAGUGGCGAAACAUAUUCCAGGACCAAACGAGGCUCUGCGAGAGCGGGUCUCUACCGCAACGGGCGAGGUAAAUAUGGCACAUCAGAUGGUCGUGGAGCGCGGAGAGAAGCUGUCGCAGCUCGAAGAACGAACCGCGCGCAUGAUGUCGGAGGCCGACAACUUUUCGCAAAGCGCUCACGGACUGAUGCUCAAGUACAAAGACAAGAAAUGGUAUCAGCUAUGAGGACGCCACUCGGCUCGAGUCCAAUGGGACGACGCACGUUUCUUUAGUUACUUAGCGUUUGUGUUUCGUCUAUGAGUUUUGUCAUAUUAAGAAACUAAAAGCUAACUAUACUACGAUCCUCACACACGCACACAUGGGAAACAUCUACACAAAGGGAGAGAGAUAAUGCGGAUAUAUGUACAUGCGAUCACCUGUGCGACGCACAUGGUACACACGCACAUGUUGUAAACGAAAAAAGAAAACAUAUUUCAAAGCGGAUAAGUAUAGCGAUGAUCUCUCAAAUGUGUAAAUCUUUGCGUAUGGAUGAAUAGAAAUAAAAGAGGGAUGUCGACGAGAUAGAGGCCGCGGCUAUGCCGUGAUGCAUUUGCGCGGAUGUGACGUGUACGUAUAAUUAUUUAAAAUAUAAAGUACUUAUACGCAAAGAUGCGAGAAAUAUACGCGAGUCAAUAUAAGCAAUUAUGUAAUAAUUCGCCUUUUAACCGGUGGCACUCGUUAAUUCAUUCGGACGUCCUGUGAACAUGUUUAAUGGCGCCUUGCCUUGUUUGCUUCUCAGCAAAGAAUUGCCAAUAAGUAUUUACGAACAUUACAUUGUUGCAGAGUUUAAGCACUUCCGAAUAGAUGGAAUCGAGUGAAACACUAAGAAUCGCAUUAGUUGUAAAUCGAUUAAAAGUAGUACUUAUACAUAUUACAUGAGUUCUUCUCUAUUAGAUUAAUAUUAUAUAUGUGUUAUAAGAGAGAGAGAAUAUAUAUAUUAUUGAAAUUGGAACGAAAUACAUAUGGCUACUCAUAUAUCAAUAAUGCCAUUGAAAUUUGUAGUAGUGAAACACAUUUUAAAGAGUCGUUGUCGACUAAUAAUUCUUAUUCCGCGAUGUAAAUUUUAUAAUUGUACAUUGUAAGCUGACUUGUAUUUAAGCAUUUAUCGUUAUACACGAUUGUAGACACUUUCGUAAAUAUGCGUUAAGGGAUAGAAUGAAUGACCAAUGCGAUUCUUAAGAUUUGUAAAUCUAUCGAAUUACACACAGGUGUGCAAAUGAGAAAGUUGUUAGGCUCGACAGAGAUGAUACUUUAUGAAAGUUACGAACGCAGGCAAGACGGCACAGCGACACUAAUUCCGAAUGUAUUGACAAUAAACAAUGUAGUUAAUUACUCGGUGAGAAAGAGUAUUGGAUAAAAGUUGAGUGCAAUGAAAUAUAUUUUAUCCAGAAUGGCGGGUGUUGCGCAGGCCGCAAAAAGCUGCUAUACUCGCCACGCUGAUAAGAAUGUAUUAGUUGUUAUCGAUUGUAGUUAUCGCGCUAGACGUGCUAUGUAUAUAUAUAAAGAGAUGAAUACAAGUAGGACAGAUUUCGCGUUAUAAAAGCUGUUUAUAUAACAAUGUAUUAUGAGUUACGCUAUUUCGAUGCCGACGAUAAGUUCAAUUGGAUUUAUGACAUCUAACCGACGUGACAUGGAUUACCUAUUGUAAUUUUAGCACUACAUUACUAGUUUAGAUUAAUUAAAAACAAUAUAUAGGAUAUAUAUAAAAUAUACAUAUACAAAAAAUAAUCAGAUAUGUAUACGCGCAUAUACAGGAAGGUAUCUAUAUACGUACAUAUAUAUUUGGUCAUAUGUAUAUGUUAUAUUUAUAUAUACAUAUAUAAGCAUGCGAUAAGUUCGUUUGAAUUUAUCGGGGCUCUGAAUCGUCGUACUGCUUCCAUAGCAAUAACUGUAUAGUUGAUGUUUCUGGUACUAAUCACUCGUAUACUUAAUAAUGUGCCCGCAGAAAAUUACUUAGAGCAUUUUUCGAAUUGAUUCAAGCUCAUGGUAUAAUUUCCCUUGGACAAUAUACACGUAUAAAACUUCGUUGUCCCAUUACACACUCUUAUCACGGGAUGUCUUCACUAUCGAUUACUAGUACAAAAGAGCGCGAGCUCGUUCGUCGAGCGCGAUUUGUAGUGUACGAACUGUAGUUGAAAUCCGUAUUGAUGCUGAAUUUGUAAUACGUUCGUGAGAGUGCGCAGAUUAGCGUUGACUCUGAAUACCGAUCCCAUUUCACCUAAACUGCUAACUCUGACAAACGUUCCACUAUCUUACUAUCUAGAAUUAUUAUUCCUCGAAUACCAGACACUCAGUAUGUAAGCAGUUCAAUGGUAGAUAAGAUACAUUCAAAAUAAAAUAUUAAGUAUCCUAAGAGCAGCGGAGAGAUUUGUUAAUGCCCGAAUUACGAGAAUGCUAGUAUACAAAUUAGAGGAGAGAGGUGUUCUUUCAGUGAAGGAUCGUUUACCGUUGUAACAAUUAGAUAGAUUUAAUGUGAGCUAGUUACAGAGAAAACAGGUAUAUUAUAUUAUUAUUUAAAUGUUGCAGUGAUAUAUUCUAACAUUCGUUGCACAAAGAUUAUAUAUUCGUCGAUAGUUUCUCAUUAUUUAUCAAAGAAUUUAAUCAUAUCUCAAAGAAAUUUCUGAUAAUAAUAAUCUACUUCUUUACCAGGCCAUAGUACAUAAAAAAAAUGUCGCGAGAAUGGAACGAGGUCGGGAACGCUCGACUGUAAUUAAUGGAUUUGCUUAUAACUUUAGUUGUAUCGCCUAUAUUUUUUUAUGUACUAUAGUCUCCUGAAACUCAAUAAAUGCUAUUUAUAAAGCAAAUUUUUAACUCUCUUUCUAGCCCAUAUUCUAAUUAAAUCAAGUUUCUUAUUGGGAUAGGAGAAAAAACUUAUUUCCUAUAUUGUUUUCAUUAUUAUAUCUGAUUAACUAUAUACUGUAUAAGUGAUAGCGUACAAUUAUAGAAUCGUAGAAUGUACAGAUGUCUAAAUUACAGGUAAAUAUAUAGCUCACAUCUGCAUAUACGAUAUUAAUUAAUUUCAAACACAAUGCUAAAGAGAUUAUCAUUGGGCUGGACAGAGAUAAAUGAAGUAUACACAUCUUAAAGUCCUUUUAGAUAUUUGCAAAUAGAGAUACAACAGAUAUCUUUUACUAUGUAUUUAAUCAAUUUUUGUACACUGACGUAUAAUUUUUUUAAAUCAUUAAUUAGACGAGAAUGAAAAAAAAAUGAGAGAGAUUUAUUUCAUAUAACUCGUUUGAGACCGAUUUUAUCAAGAGACGUAUCAUGUUCCUCUCUCUCUCUCUCUCUCUCUCUCUCUCUCUCUAUAUAUAUAUAUAUAUAUAUAUAUAUAUAUAUAUAUAUAUCUUCUUCAAAAAUGCUUUGAUAUUAUUGCAUGUAAUUUUUUAUUUGUGCAAGUAGUGCGCUACUAAAUUCAUUAUUAAAACGAAACAAGUCUAUCUUUAAGCGACGAAACAUCUAAUGCUCUCAAUUUAUACUAUUAACUAUUAACAAUCUAGUAGAAUUUUUAUUUUUAUUCAACAGAUAGACGAUAUAGGUAUCAUCUUAUAAUUGUAAGAGUACUGCCUCGGCUACAGACUGUAUCUUGGCUCCAAUUUAAUAAAUGAGUUUUACUCGAA